UGGUUUAAAUAUAUAGAUUUCAGGACGCUUUGCAUAUAAAAAGACCCCAUGCUUUAGAGGAAACUAGAAGGCAAACAGCAUGCUUUAUACCUAGCUCUUGCCCCGCAGUGCCUGUGCGCGCGCGCGUGCAUGCGUACGUGUGCUAGUGUGUGUGUGUGUGUGUGUGCGACUGUGUGUGUUCGUGUGUGUGCGCGCAAACCGCACGCAUGACUCGCGCGUUCUCUCGGGUACCACAAUCAGACCCCAAAGCGAAAAGAGGGAUCGCAGGCGUCCCAGCAGAAGCACGAGAUUAUGGUGAUUCUAGACUGAGGAGUCACUGAGGCUCUGCGGAGGCUGCAUUCAUCACUCCAGACAACAGCAGACAGAAUGAAGGGACCUGAGGCCUUCUUCCUCCCCCUGUUUCUCCUCCUCCUUCUUUGUAUGUCUUUGCCCAUACAAUCUAUAAUCUCCAACUGCGUCAUCAAGCGAGAGCAGGAACGAUGCAUGGAGAGGAUCGCGCUUCACGACCCGACGCAGGACCAGGAGUUCGGUUGCGCUUGGGAGUGGGAUAACUUGACGUGUUGGCAGGCGGCGAGCGUGGGCGAGAUCGUGGUGGUCAGCUGCCCCGAGCUCUUUGAGUUCAUGAGUCCUGAGGAAGGUCUUGGGAAGAUCAGUCGGAACUGUACAGAGGAUGGUUGGUCUGAGACUUACCCUCAUUACGUGGAAGCCUGCCUGUCUGAGGAGAACACCACUAAUCCGGAUAUGUACUACCCGUCAGUGAAAGCUCUGUACACAGUGGGCUACAGCACGUCUCUGGUAUCCCUCACCAUCGCCAUGGUCAUCCUCUGCAGGUUCAGGAAGCUCCACUGCACCAGGAACUUUAUCCACAUGAACCUGUUUGUGUCGUUCAUCCUGAGAGCCAUCUCGGUCUUCAUUAAAGACGGGGUUCUGUACGCCGAGGAGGACAGCGACCACUGUUUCGUCCACACGGUUGGGUGUAAGGCGGUGAUGGUGUUCUUCCAUUACUGUGUCAUGUCCAACUACUUCUGGCUGUUCAUCGAGGGCCUGUAUCUCUUCACCCUGCUGGUGGAGACCUUCUUCCCGGAGAGGAGAUACUUUUACUGGUACACCGUCAUCGGCUGGGGAACUCCAACUAUUUGCGUGACUAUAUGGGCGGUUCUCCGGCUGCACUUUGAUGACUCGGGCUGCUGGGAUAUGAAUGAAAACACUGCCCUCUGGUGGGUCAUCAAGGGACCUGUUGUUGCUUCAAUUAUGAUUAACUUUGUGCUCUUCAUUGGGAUCAUCAUCAUCCUCGUCCAGAAGCUGCAAUCACCAGAUGUCGGAGGGAACGAGUCCAGCAUUUACCUCAGCUGUGCUCAGAAAUGCUUCAGUGAGCCCGCACAGGCUGUCCAGCAUUCGUGCAGGAUGUCAGAGCUUUCUACCAUCACCCUGAGGUUGGCUCGCUCCACUCUGUUGCUUAUCCCUCUGUUUGGGAUCCACUACACCGUGUUCGCCUUUUCCCCAGAAGAAGUCAGUAAGCGGGAGAGGCUGGUGUUCGAGCUCGGACUCGGCUCAUUCCAGGGUUUCGUGGUGGCCGUGCUCUACUGCUUCCUGAAUGGGGAGUUUCUGCCUGAAGGUGCAGUCAGAGAUCAAGAGGAAAUGGCGCAGCUGGACGGUGAACAGGUACUUUGCUGUGGAUCUGAAGCAGCAGCGCCACCCUUCGCUAGCGAGCAGUGGCGUGAACGGGGGAACGCAGCUCUCCAUUCUGAGCAAGAGCAGCUCACAGAUACGCAUGUCCAGCCCCCAGGCCGAGAGUGCCACCCUCAACCUGCCAACCUGAGCGUCUGAUUGGACGAGCCAGCUUCUGAAUCCGCCCCUUCGAUCUACUCCCCCCUCUGUCUCAUUAAAAAACCCUGCUCUAACUGCAGGGUCUCGUUUCCUGGACAGGCUGAAGAGGCUUUCUAAUUAUCAAUAUCAGUCUAUAAAAAAAAAACACACAAUACAGAAAAUAUACA